CUGACCCAUAUCUGACCUGUGACCUCAGCCCGGUGACCGUGUGGUGUACGUGGCCGGCGCGUUUGACCUGUUCCACGUCGGUCACCUGGACUUUCUGGAGAAGGCGGCUGCCGAGGGCGACUUUCUGAUCGUUGGACUCCACACGGACCCCAUUGUGAACCGCUACAAGGGCUACAACUACCCGAUCAUGAACCUGCACGAGCGGACGCUCUCUGUUCUGGCGUGCCGCUACGUGGGGGAGGUGGUGAUCGGCGCCCCGUACGCGGUCACCGCCGAGCUGAUGGACCAUUUCCGGGUGGAUGUGGUGUGUCACGGUCACACGCCGGUGGCGGAGGAUGUCGACGGAUCAGAUCCCUACCUGGAACCUAAGAGACGCGGCAAGUUCAAAUCGCUGGUGUCUGGAAAUGACAUGACCACGCAGAAGAUUGUGGAGAGAAUUAUCGAGCACAGGAUGGAGUUCAUGCUACGAAACCAGAAGAAGGAAAAGAAGGAGCUGGCUGCCUACGAGGCGUUCGAGAAGUCUAAACAGACAGAGCGAGCGGACCACGCGGGUGACCAGUGAUGAAGCCUGGGGGGUGGGAUGGAGCAGAGGGGGGAGGGGCGUCAUACCGGCGGGGUCUCUGAGAGGGUUUGGGGAGGGAGGGAGAGGGAGAGAGAGGGGAAGCGAUUGAGUGUUGGCGUGUAUUUGAUUGAGAAUAUCUAUGAUAUCUGUUAAAUGACCGGGCAUUUAAAACGAUCAUCACCGUAAUUCAGUGGUAGUUCGGGUUUUAUGCGGGAUGAUACGAUAGCCUGUUCGGUGCCAGUAUUUUAACUGUUUGCUCAGUUUUAAUCAUUAUUAGGGUUCAAUUCAUUAACUAUUUAAUGACAUAGGUACAUGACUUUUGUCAAAAAGUUUUAGGUUGCACUGGGUCUAGGGAGUUGCGUUUUCUUUAUGAGGGAUCUUCAUUGACAUAAUAUGUAAGGAUAGGUGAUAUAUGUUUCAACACAGUAUGCACUAUGCCCAUUUGUGCUUGAUUGCCCCAAAAGCGUGUUUCGUGAGACCAAGCGAAAGGAAAUGCACCCAGCAUUCAUGGAUAAUGCACCCAUGCUAUUCUAGGCCGAAAGCAGUUAUUCCAGCUAUCACUGAAGAGCCUGUGUUUUAAUUACAGCAUGUAUAUAUUUUGAAUGGGUAGAUGGCUAGCUAGUCGGUGUCACAAUUCAGGAAACCAGAGCUUUUUACAGUUUCGUAUGGGUCGAAUGUGUAAGCCAUUUAGUUACCUGCUUUGUGCGGAAUCUGUUGAGAUUUUCCGAUAUUUCGCUAUGUUGGCGGCGCUCAGCCUUUAUCGUUAGUGUGAUAAUUUAUCCCCGGGCGAUAUUUGUGGGCUGCAGCAGCCAGUGCAGUGUAUGUCCAUUGCUCAUUCGAGAUAGAACGCUGAUCGGUGAAAUAUGCGGUAGCCUGUAUGGUUCAAUGAAAUAUAUCAGCAGUGAGCAGA